AUGACAACCCUGAUGUAUGCGGUGAAGGACAACCGCACAUCGUUCGUGGAAAGACUGAUAGAGCUUGGUUCCGAUGUUGGCGCCAGGAAUAAUGAUAACUACAAUGUACUUCACAUAUCCGCAAUGUACUCGAGAGAAGACAUCGUCAAAUUACUACUGUCUAAGCGAGGAGUCGACCCAUUUGCCACCGGAGGUAGUCGACAACAAACUGCAGUGCAUUUAGUAGCGAGCAGACAGACUGGCACGGCUACCAGUAUACUCAGAGCGUUACUGGCGGCUGCAGGCAAGGACAUCAGACUAAGAGCUGACGGGGAGUUAUUAGAGUUAAGAAUUGUAUAUACGAGAGUAGUCGAGGGCGCGGCCGUUGCAUACACGUCGUCGCAGCGAUCGCGUGCAACCCACAAUGCCUGGUACUGCCAUCCGCCUGCUAUUGAGGAACUACCCCCCAAAAACACCCAACAAACAUAG